GUUUGGUUCACCAGUACUUCAUGCUUUCUAAUGAAAUAGGAUUCAAAACCUAAUGAGAGGUCAAAAUGUGUAAGAUCUUGCUGUGGAGUUUCCUACUGAUUUUUUCUGGAAGCCAAGCCUCAAGACCGUUGGCUCAAAGAAAUAUCGAAUUUGCAGUGGACCUUUAUCAAGCUAUUUCUUUAUCUCACGAGAACAACAUUAUAUUUUCCCCCCUUGGAACAACGUUGGGUCUUGGGAUGGUACAACUGGGAGCAAAAGGGAAAGCACAACAGCAGAUAAGACAAACUUUAAAACUUCAGGAAACCUCAGCUGGGGAAGAAUUUUCUGUGCUGAAGUCAUUUUUCUCUGCCAUCUCAGAGAAAAAGCAAGAAUUUACAUUUAAUCUUGCCAAUGCCCUCUACCUUCAAGAAGGAUUCACUGUGAAAGAACAGUAUCUCCAUAGCAACAAGGAAUUUUUUCAGAGUGCCAUAAAACUGGUGGAUUUUCAGGAUGCAAAGACUUCUGCAGAGAAAAUAAGUACCUGGGUAGAAAGCAAAACAGAUGGGAAAAUUAAAGACAUGUUUUCAGAGGAAGACUUUGGUCCUCUGACUCGGCUUGUCCUGGUGAAUGCUAUUUAUUUCAAGGGUGAUUGGAAGCAGAAAUUCACAAAAGAGAGCACACAGCUGAUGAAUUUUACUAAGAAGGAUGGUGCGGCAGUCAAAAUCCCGAUGAUGAAGACUCUUGUGAGAACAAAAUAUGGUUAUUUUUCUGAAUCAUCCAUGAACUACCAGGUUUUGGAAUUACCUUAUAAAGGUGAUAAGUUUAGUUUAAUCAUUGUACUUCCUGCAGAAGACGUGCACAUAGAAGAAAUGGAAAAGCGAAUUACUGCUCAUCAACUCCUAAAAUGGUUCUCCGAGAUGCAAGAAGAGGAAGUGGAAGUAAGCCUCCCUAGAUUUAAAGUAGAACAAAAAUUAGACUUCAAAGAAGCUCUGUAUUCUUUGAAUAUAACUGAGAUAUUUAGUGUUGGCUGUGACCUUUCUGGAAUAACAGAUUCAGCUGAAGUGUUUGUUUCCCAAGUCAUGCAGUAUGUUUUUUUUGAGAUAAAUGAAGAUGGCAGUGAAGCUGCAACAUCAACUGGCAUGAACAUCCCUGUGAUCAUGAGUCUGGCUCACAACCAAUUUAUAGCAAAUCAUCCAUUUCUGUUUAUUGUGAAGAAUAACCCAACAGAAUCAAUUUUGUUUAUGGGAAGGGUGACAAAUCCUGACACCCAAAAGAUGAAGGGAAGAGAUUUAGAUUCACUGUGAUUGAAAAGAAGAGUCUCAGAACAUAAGAUGAUUCCUGAAAAAUAAUUGA